CAGACGUGGAUCCGCUCCCCUGCUGGUCCGGCGAUGACUACGUCGUGCUAUAACACAGAUCAUGUGCCUCGACUCGGAGGCCGAGGAGUAUGAGUAUGCGAAUUGAGCAGGGGCUGUAACACUCGGGCACUCGGCUUCCGAGCUCUAUGCUGUGAAAACGACCAUCUGAACGCUUGCGCACUGCCGCUUCACCAGAAGCAUACAGGCGCGACUCACGCCAGGGACGGGCAACUCGAUGGCUCCGUCAAGACGCGACUGUUCAUGACACAGAUCCGGUUCGGGAAGACCACGACGAGGAGGUGACCCCUGGUAGUCAUCUUAAGGAUCUUCUUCCCAUUUACCGUUUAGAGUUCCUUCCAACCAUCCCACAGGGCAAAUUGAGUUUAUUUGAUCGAAUCUGUCGAUUGUGGACGACGCCUGAUAUCAGCCAAGCGCGCAGGUACAAAUCUUCGGGCGUGGAUGGUCGGCGCACGGUGCUGUGGACGAGAACGAACGGAAUCAUAGCUCAAAGAAGUAACCUAGUGCGUCCGACCCAGCUAACCUUGCCGUCGGCGGUAUGUUUCUCAGCUGCGUACCGACACCACACGAUAUUAUCUCGACCUGACAUUGCCUUGGAGGGUCUUCCCUCCCUGUCGAGUCUCAAACCUGGUCUGUGGGUGUCCCCGCAAGCCCAUUCCUUGGGCGUCGCCCCACCGACACGGGAUUCCUAUCUCUCGGAAUCUGACAGUCUGGACCCUUGCACUCCGCAGCUUUCUCUCCACCGACAGGUCGCAACUUGGCUCGUCAACCGCUUUUGUGGCUCUCCUUGCCUUCUUCCUUUGGCUAGCGCUGUGAGAACUCUCCAUCCGGUCCAACUCAUCUUCACGCCGGGACAUGAACUCUGCACUGCUGCGCUGCUUCUGCGACAAUUGUACUUACCCGUGGUUCCCCAUGUCAACCACUUCACUUGACAUGCGGAUCCGUGGUAAGAUGCCUUUCUCGCCCAGCGCUCGCUUAGAAGAUGGGCCUUAGGCUGCCUGGAAAGAUCUGAAGCUUCCGAAAGUGUGGACACAGUGUGGUCGUUUGUUACAGUGGGCGGGAUCUGCUGCACUGACCGAACAUCUGCGCGUCCGCAUAGACCUGCUACCUCUCCUCCGGCGUGCUUCUUUGGUCAAGUCGACAAGACGACCGAAGGUGCCUCACGAUGUAUUUAGGGUAUAAAGGUCUGCUUGCAGCACUGGAUGGGAUGCUCUCCAGCACAUAGUACCACCACCCGCUUCCCGACCUCACACGACAUGAACCGCAAUUGGCAGCAGCCUACCAAGGGCGUCCGUUGGGCAGACGAAGAUCAGGUGUACGAGAUCACCCCGAACACAUCGCCAAGGCCCGCUCCCUCAGCUCCUGCCCAGACGUCGUGGGGCUACGGAACGCUGCUUCUUCCUUCCAACCACGUCGCCCAACAUGGAUACUCGUACAUGGUUCCCGCAUCCGUGCACGCACCGCUCACUCUAGUCACCCGAGGCUACAUGCCCAUGAUACCGACUAUCUCUAUCUCUACUUCCAACAACUGGAUGGGGUCGCCUGACCGGCGCAGGACCGACGGGACUAUGUACGGUAGCACGGUCCAAGGCGUGAACAGACCGUUUGUCCCUGGUAGCCCCGUCACCGCACUCGCCCCACCUGCAAUCCAUCAAGAGCUCCAGCGUUUCUCGCUCAGGUGGGACGUGCGAGCGGAGGAGGCUCCGCCCGGACGGUUCCAGGAUUUUGCUCGUGACCCGGCGUUCGUGCAAGCGGUUGUGAGGUCGAUCACGCUGCGCUUCACCACGCCAGCAGGCUUCGUCUUCCGGAGGGGUGUCCAUGAGACGUCUGGUCGGUCACUGCGAGUGAGAGACAUCCUACGGGCGAUACACGAGGCAUUGUACGCGCCCCUCCAGCUGGGUGAUCACGACAUGCUCAACGCUGCGUUGACUGCGCGCGGGCAUCGUAGACUGCAGCGGGACGGUCAGUUGUGUAUGGUGGAUUUGUAUCCGGUUGGUCGGGGGACUCCGCCCGAGCUGUACUUUCGCGGAGUUCGGUGGAGUUGGACGGGAGAGGAGCUGGUAGUGCAUCUUGAGGCCCCCUCCCGAAUUGCUUAAGUGCCUCCUGCUCCCUUCUGAGACCAGCUGCGAUGUAUGAUAGGACUUGACUGUAUGACCGUGAAAGAUAUGUGACUAGGAUCUGCUCCCUCGUCACCGCAUGCACUUU